CCGCGCCCGCCGGAGUGGCUGGUCGCUGGUGACAGUCCUUGCGCUUUUGCUCUGCCCUACAACUUGACUCUUCUCUAGGAAGAGCACGCAGCUGACCAGGAAUAUGGCCCCAGGGCUCCUGACAACCAGGGAUGAGAAAUAGAAGAGACUAUCCUAAAAUUCAUUCGGAAUAUCACAGGAUCUUGAGUCUUACAAAACAACAAGUUUGGAGGAAUCACACUGCUUGAUUUCAAUACUUAGUACCAAGCUACAAACAGUGGCAAAAUAGGUUCUCACUGACAUAAGGAUAAAUAUAUAGAUCAAUGGAAUAGAACUGAGAGCCUGAGAAGAAAGCCUCACAUAUAUGGUCAGUUGAUUUUUGACAGGGGUGCCAAGACCAUUCAACUGGAAAAGGAUAGUCCAUACAAUGGUGCUUGGACAACUGGACACCCACACUAAAAGAACGUGUGAAAUAAAUUAAAAAUUAGGAAGUCUGAAGAAAUAAGAGAUACAGUGAAUAAGUAUAUGGAAAUUUCAGAACUGAAAAAUACAUACCUGAAAGAUAAAACUCAGUAGGUGGGCUUGCUAGCAGAUUAGAGGUAACAGAAAAAUCAGUGAACUAGAAAAUAGAACAAUAGAAAUUAGCCAAUCUGCACAACAGGGAGAAAAUAUACUGGGAAAAAAUAAUGAACAGAGCCUCAAAAACUGUGGGAAUAUAACAAAAUAUCUAACAUUUGUGUCACUGUAGUUCUGGAAAAAGAAGUGAAGGUAGGCAGAGGCUGAAAAAAUAUUAGAAGAAUUAAUGGCUGAAAACUUCCCAAAUUUGGCAACAGAUGUAAACCUACAGAUUCAAAAAGCUUGAACAUCGGCCAAACAUGACAAACCCAAAAUGAAGGAAACAUCUUGAAAGCAGCCAAAGAAAAUGCAUUUCUUAUAAGGAAAAAGCUAUUGGAAUGGUAGUAGAUGUCUCAUCAAAAACCACAGAAGUUAGAUGGAAGUGGUGUGAUGUUCUUUAGGUGCUGGAAGAAAGGAACUGUCAAUCCCAAGUCCUGUACCAAAUGAAAAUAUCUUUCAGGAAUGAAGGGAAAAUCUGGACAUUCUCAGAUGGAGGAAAACAAUUUGUCUCCAGGAGCGUGGAUAGAGGCAAUUUUAUAAGCAAGGAAACAAUAAAAGAGGGAACCUUGGAGCAUUUGUGUGCAGUAAAGAGUUAACAUAACAGGCUUGAGACUGCUAUUCUUAGGAAAUCCUGCUUGGGCUGACAUUGGGAUCUUGCAUUUCUGGAGGGUUAGCACCAUUCUCAGAACUGAUAAGAAUGGUUCACUGUGCCUAAAAGUAUGCAAACCGUAGGGUUUGUGCUGAAAGUGCCUGUGUGACCAGUCCCCACUAAAAAAGUUUGGCACUGAGCCUCUAAUGAGCUUCCUUGUUAGACAACAUUUAACACACGUUAUCACAAGUUCUUGGUGGAGGAGUUAAGUGGGUCAUGUGUUACUCUCGUGGGAGAGGAUUCUUGGAAGCUUGUACCUGGUUUCCUUUGGACUUUGUCUCUUGUACCAUUUCUCUUUUGCUUUGUAUCCCUUUGUACCCAUGUGUACAACUAUAUGAUGAGUCUUACAAGUCCUAGUGAAUAUCAAACCUGGGGGUGGUCUUGGGGACCCCUGACACAAUCAAGAAGAAAGAAAACAUAGGAAAAAUAGGGGUAAAUAUAGGAGGCACUCCUCUUACACAUGAAUUUUCCAAACUAAUUUUGAUGGUUGAAACAAAAAUUAUUACACAGUCUGAUGUGAUUCUAAAUAUGGAGAAAGGAACUACUUAAAAUUACCAGAAGGGCAAGAAGAUGUAAUGGGAGGUGAAGUUUCUAUACUUCAUUAAGCUGGAAAAUGAAGAUACCAGUAGACUGAUUAGUUAUAAUGUAGCUCCUAGAGUAACCACUAAAAAUGCUGUACACACCCAGAAAAACCCAAAAUGUGGAGGUGUGGGAAAACCAGAGAUAAAGGAAUAAACUGGACCACCCUGCCCUAGGACCUCGCUGCCCUAGGCGUGGGGGGUGGGUGUCUUUUUUAUGAUAAUCACCUAUGACCAACAAAGAAUAACCAGACCCUAAAAAAAAAGUAAGCUAUUGAAGGUGUUAUCACUAGUCCUUGCUCAAUGGUGGUAUCAGUAGAAAUGUUCAAAGGAUUUAAGUUCCCUGGUUAGCUUUCCAUAAAAGAUUAAGCCUAAAGGCCCUUGUUGGGAACCCUGUCAGGACCCCUCUCACUCUUGAGAGCUUUUUCUAUAUCUUCAUUUAAUAAACUUCUAUCGCUUUACACACACACACACACACACACACACACACACACACACACACACACAAAUGCUAUACAAAGAAAUACACAGAAAGCACUGGAUAAAUCAAAAUAGAAUUCUAAAAAAAAAGUCCAAGUAACCCAAAAGAAGUCAGUAAAAGAAAACGAAGCAAGAAGAAAAUGAUCUAAAGACACCAACCAAAAGAGACAGACUGGCAUAGUAGACUAAGAAAAAAAAGAAAAAAAAAAAAACCCUAUAUUCUGUCUAAAUGAAACUUAAGAUAUUAUCACAUAGGCAAGUUAAAAGGAUAAAAAGAAACAUGCAAACAUUAAUCAAAGGAAAGGUGGAGUGGCUUUAUUAAAUCAAGUAAGGUAGAUUUGAGAGCAAGGAAAGUUACCAGACACAGAAUGAUAAAAGGGUCAAUUCCAGGAAGACAGUGAUCCUUCAUAUAUAUGCAUCACAUAACAGUUUCACCAAUGUGAAGAGAAAACUCAAAGAAGAAAUAGACAAAUCAACUGGGAGACUUCAACACCCAUCUCACAAUGAUGGAAAUACUAGACCCCAAAUCAGCAUUAAUGGCCUUCAGGGAUGUGGCUGUGGCCUUCACUCAGAAGGAGUGGAAGUUACUGAGUCCUGCUCAGAGGACCCUGUAUCGGGAUGUAAUGCUGGAGAACUACAGCCACUUGGUGUCACUGGGAAUUGCCUUUUCCAAACCCAAACUCAUCACACAGCUGGAGCAAGGGGAUGAGCCCUGGAGAGAGGAGAGUGAAUGUCUUCCGGACCUUUGUCCAGCAGAGCCAGGGACAGAAUUCCGGCCAUGUGGCCAUUCCUGCCCAGUGACCUUUUCCAGUACCCAGUUCUUCGGACAGUAUGUGCUGUGUGGUCACCUUCCUCAGAUCUUCCCAAGCUCAUACGCAGGAAGCCCCAUCCCAGUGGAAGCUCCAAACUGCUCAAGUGAACAAGCAGACGGAGACACAGAGGGGAGACUCCAGCUGAGUGGGGUUUCCAGGGUGCUCUUCAGACCCUCUCAGGGCCGGCCAGUAGACUGGGUGGAAGGCAACAGAGCUGGGCAUCCUGAGGAGGCAGGCCUCACAGCAUCUGAGGCAGCCAUGUAUGGAAAAUACAGACUGGGACUUGGUACCAAAUCUAGCUUCUUGAGCCUCCAGAAGCAUCAUGUAUGCCCUGAAUGUGGCAGAAGCUUCUGUCAGAAGUCAGACCUCACCAAGCACCAGAGGACACACUCAGGGGAGAAGCCUUACAGCUGUAGGGAGUGUGGGCGAGGCUUUGGCCGCAAGUCCUCCCUCACCAUCCACCAGAGGAAACACUCGGGGGAGAAGCCUUAUGUGUGCCGGGAGUGUGGGCGCCACUUUAGGUACACGUCCUCACUUACCAACCACAAGAGGAUACACUCUGGGGAGAGGCCCUUUGAAUGUCAGGAAUGUGGGCGAGGUUUUCGCCAAAAGAUUGCCCUCAUCCUGCAUCAGAGGACACACUUGGAGGAGAAGCCCUUUGUGUGUCCUGAAUGUGGGAGAGGCUUCUGCCAGAAGGCAUCGCUCCUCCAACAUCGCAGCUCACAUUCGGGUGAAAGGCCCUUCUUGUGCCUCGAGUGUGGGCGUGGCUUCAGGCAGCAGGCACUACUCCUCAGUCAUCAAGUCACGCACUCAGGGGAAAAGCCUUAUGUCUGUGCUGAGUGUGGGCAUGGCUUUCGCCAGAAGGUCACCCUUGUCAGACACCAGAGGACGCACACAGGAGAGAAGCCUUACCUGUGCCCAGAGUGUGGGCGUGGCUUUAGCCAGAAGGUCUCCCUCAUGGGACACCAGAGGACACACACAGGGGAGAAGCCUUACCUGUGCCCGGAGUGUGGGCGUGGCUUUGGUCAAAAGGUCACCCUCAUCAGACACCAGAGGACGCACACAGGGGAGAAGCCUUAUCUGUGCCCGGAGUGUGGACGCACCUUUGGCUUCAAGUCACUCCUCACCAGACACCAGAGGACACACUUAGAGGAGGCGGCUGAUGUGUAUGGAGUAUGUGAGCAAGGACUUGGCCAGAAGUCUCACUUCACCUCUGACCAGAGGUCACACUUGGUGGGGAAGCCAUGUGUGUGCAGUGAAUGUGGGCGAGGCUUCGGCUUCAGGUCAGCCCUUAUCAGACACCAGCGCACCCACUCAGGAGAGAAGCCGUAUGUGUGCAGGGAAUGCGGCCGAGCCUUUAGCCAGAAGUCUCACCUUCACAGACACAGGAGGACCAAGUCUGGCCAUCGCCUCCCACCUCAAGAGCUGCUCUCCUGACCUUUCCUUUCCUCUUGAGGCAGAAAGCACUAGGAGAUGUUCUACUUUCCUCAAACGCAGUGGAGGAAAAAAUGUGUUCUUUCAGUGAUUGGAAGAUAGUUGAUUUAUGGUUUAUUUUAUGUGCUAGCAAUGUGUUUUAAUUUGCUAGGGCUGCCAUAACAAAACACCACAAACUUGAUGGCCAAAGAACAAUUUUCUCACAGUUCUUGGGACCAGAAAUCCAAGAUCAGUGUGUGCACUUUGGUUUCUACUGAAGCCUUUCUCCUCCAUUGGCAGAUGCCUACAUCCUUACUGUGUCCUCACAUGGCCUUUGUGCACAUCUUCUAAGGACAACAGCCUUACUGGGUCAGGGCCCCACUCUUGUCACCGAACAAGGUCACACUGUGGGUUCUGGCUUCAACAUAGGAAUUUGGAACAACAUAGGAAUUUGGAACACAUAUGGCUGUGACCAUAACAGCCUCCUGGACCCCCAAAAUUCAUGUUCUCACAUCCACAGCAUGUUCUUAACAGCUCCCAAAGUGUUGACCCAUUCCAGCAUUGACUGUCCAAAAUCUCAAGUAAAUCAAAAUAUGGGUGAGGCUAGGGGUAUGUUUCACCCUGAGGCAAAGUUCCUCUCCAUCUGUGAACCAGACAAGUUACCACAGAUGUAGAAUUUGCGUUCCCUUUCCACAAGGGGAAACAAGAAAAGAUUGAUGGGUCCCAAACAUAUCUGUGACCUAGCAAGCAAAUUCUAUUAGGUUUUAAAGGCUUGAGAAUGUCUGGUAGGAUGCUUUGCCCUCUGGUCCUGCUGGGGUGGCAGCAGCAGGCUGACAGCAGUAUGCAACCCCUUGAGACCAUGGAGGCAUUACCCUCCAGGCCCACCACGGGAAUGUCAGACCAACUGAUCUGUUUCACUGUCAGGGUCACUGUUUCCUCCUCUUGGUGAGUAGCAUCACAGAAGUCUGACAGCCGGCCUUUGCUGUGUCCCGUCUGUACCAUCCUUAGUACAGCCUUGUAGUUACCACUGAGCAUCAACUGGUUCCAAACUAAUCUCUUUAUCAAAUGACUGUCCAACACCACCACUGGUAUUCUCUCCAGAACAGGCUUUCUCAUUUUCACAAUAUGGAUAGGCUAAGAAUUCUCUAAAUCUUCAAGUUCUGGCUCCUUUUUGCUAAACAGUUCCUUCAAUUUAUCUCCCUCAUCACAUAUUUCUAGGAGGAGCAACAAGAAACAGGUAUACCUUUCAACACCUUGCUUAGAAACCUCCUCAGCUAAGAAUUCGUCACUUCUGUCGACUAAGAUUUUGAUUCUGUCGACUAAGAUUUUGAUCCUCCACUAAACAAUGGAACACAACCCAGCCACAUUCUUUGCUGCUUUAUAAUCAGGAUUGACUUUCCUUUAGUUUCCAAUAACGUUCCACAUUUCUGAGGCCACAGCAGAAUCACUUCUAAUUCCUCUUCCUACCAUAGUCUCCUUGAGGCAACCCUGGCUUUCUCCAGCAAGCACCUCUAAACUCGUCCACCCUCUACCCACCACCCAGUUCCAAAACCACCUCCAUAGUUUUUCAUAUUUAUAGUAACACACCACUCAGUACCAAAACUGUAUUCUUUUACCAGGGCUGCCAUAACAAAAGCAGAGACUGGAAGUCCAAGAUCACCCUGACCUACUGAACUCUGCCUGCUGGCUGGCAGGUGGCACCUUCUCACAUGGCCAUUCCCCUACACACAUGCCAGACAGCAAGUAAGCGCUGGUGUCCCUUACUCUUGUAGGAUCAGGGCUCCACCCUUACAACAUAAUGUAACUUUCAAUACUUCCUUAGGUCCUGGACCAAAUACUGUCACAUUAGAAAGGGCUUCACCAUGGACUUUUUUGGGGGAAGAUUUAGUUCAUAACACUGCCCUCUGGACCCCCCAGAUUCCUACCUGGCUCUCAACUCCUGCCAUAAAGGGUCCUGAUCUCUUCUUUCUCAGGAGUGCAAAGCCAGCAGGAAGCACUGGGCAGUGCUGCGCUUUCCUGAAGUGGAAUGCAGGAAGCAUGCUGGUCCCCUCUUAGUGGCCAGGGGUGUGUGUGUUGGGGGGGUUGUUGGACACACCUGCUUUGUAAGCCCUCCUCCACACCCAGGUCUGUUUAAUAAACUGCUUCCUUACAAAGCUGAACCUGAUCAUGUACCUCAUUCCUUCAGCUGUCAAGAACCCCAUGGUCCUGAACCUCAGGAGACAUGGAGGGUCACUGUCUAUUUGUUCUGAACUGUGGCCCUGUGUGGGGGGAGGGCUUUCAUCAUCACCCUUUCUUAGGUCCUCCAACAAUGCCAGUGGGGGCAUCUUCCUGCACCCCCAGCCCUGCAUCCUGUUAGCCACACCCACGUACCAGUAAUCCAGCCGGAGGACU